AUGUUCUUCUUCAAGUUUCUAACUCUUCUUCUCGUUUUGUUUGCUAUUGUGAAUGCAAUCCCUUCGGACAGUUCUGAGAAUAAACCAAAUGGUCCACCAAGCGGACCUCCACCAAGCGGACCUCCACCAAGCGGACCACCACCAUCUGGUCCUCCACCAAGUGGACCACCACCAAUCAAAAGUCCAUAA